UCUCUCAUCCAUACACACGAUCGUUACUGUUUUUAGCUUUCAGAAAAAAAAAGAAAGAUAAAAGUCAAAAAGAUAUUGAAACGCACAGAGAAUAAAUAACAACUUUUGUUUCUCGAAAUGGCCACAAUGCUUACAAACCAUAUGUGGUUUCUUAUUACGACGUUGUUAUUGUUUGCGUUUCCAACAGCAAACGCGAUUCCAAAAAGAGACGUCGAGAAUCUAUGCAGAGAGAGUACUGACUUCUCCUUCUGCCUCACAUCCCUCGAAUCGGAUCCGCGAAUAGCAGCCGCACGUGACCUCCACGACGUGCUUUUAAUUGCGAUAACGCUGUCAAAAAUUCAAGUGGACGACGCAACCACCCAUAUUGGCACAGUCAGUCGAAAGUUCAGUGGUCCGAAUGGGAAGAGACGGAUCGGAGUUUGCAGGAGGAAUUACGGAAUCGCUUCGAAUAGGUUUCAGACUGCUUGGGAACUUGCACUUAAAAAAUCAUAUGGGGAAAUGGAGAAACAGGCAAAAGUUGGCACCAACGCUGUGGUCGACUGCGAAAACGCAUGGAGAAGGGGUGGUCCGGUACAAACGUCUCCUCUCACUUUCUAUAACACGAAUGUUUCCAAGCUAUCUGGAAUCAUUUUUCUUAUUUUCCGAAAGCUUAAAUAACCUCAACUUGUACCGGAAUUUUGAUAUUGCAUGACCACGACCCUAGUUACGUGUAAUAAAUUUUGGGAAAUAAUAGACUAGUGGGACAAUCGUAACAUCCUCACCUAAUUGAGUCUGUAAUUGUGAUUUGGUAUUAAAAACCGGAGUUAAACCGGGUUAGCUUCACUCACACUUAUAAGUGAAUGUUAACAUAUAUGUACAUAAUUUUUCUUUCUUCUUCGUCUCUCUCAACAAACUCUUUCUUGUACAAUCACCAUUUACUUAAAAAG